CAUUUAGCAGUUCACCAACUUUUUUGGCACUACAGUUGAUGUCGAUGUGCUGUUUUCGCUGCCGAGAGCAACAAAAAGUAAACAUGUAAGCAGGGAAGGCAAGAGAGUGAUCGAAUAAUGGCAGUGCUUCACAAGGUGCUGCUCGCUUGGUUCCUGUUCACCGUCUUUCUCGUGCUACUCGCGCUGAGGCUGGACGAGAAGACCGACUGGAACUGGUUCAUCGUGUUCGUUCCCAUGUGGGCGUUCGACAUCAAACUGUUCCUGUACCUGACCAUACGUCUCAUGAAGUCUUGCAAGCGGCGACGCGAGAACUCUCGCGAAAUACGCCGCAGGCUGUGGGCCCUGUGCUGCCUGCUGCUCAAAUCGGCCUUCCAGAUAUGUCUCUGCACGCGACUGCAGUACACUGCCAGCUUUCCGUGGGUGUUCGUAGCGUUGCCGCUGUGGAUUCUCCUGCUUGGCGUGUCAUGCAAUGUUCUCGUGCACCUGAUAUCCCAGAGCUGACCCAAUCUACGGGGAGACGGUGCCGUCGAACUCCUCAGUUUCAGGACGUCCGGAUAAGUUCGCCCCUAUCAUCGCCAGCUUUUUUAUUUAGUUGGCCUCGCAACUGGAAUGAUUUGUGGUGGUGACGGGACGAUGGCCGUGUGCGCGAGACAGAGUAGUGACGGCAUGAUGAUGUGUCUCUCCGUCAAUCAGUUCUGAUAGUGGGAAUCAGGCACGCUGGAUUGAAAAUCCGGUUUAUUGUGCGUCUCAAACGGAACGUAACCGUACGGUGUUUGUGCCAGUGUUUGAGCGCGUGAUAUUGUUUCGAUGAUUUUGACAGGAGUGGCUGUUUAUGUGUAAUAAGCGGCGUGUGCGAAGGCUAUGGAGCUUGCGCAUAUCGCAGCCGUGUGCACUUGUUUCUGAGUGCAGUACAGUGAACUUUUUAGCUAUUUCAGUCGAGCGGGACGGUUAGUUUUUUUUUUUUCACUUCCUUGCCUAUCCCUAACUGGUAUAUGUAUACCCGUGUUGUAAAAAUUGUUCUAGUCAUCUGUCAAAGAGUACGUCCAUCAUUUGUAACUUCAUUGUUGCAUAUUUAUUUCGUUCAAUGUGUAUAAAGCUUUACAAUGUAUUUCUCUUGAAUCA